AUGAAUGUAUCUUGUCGUUGUUAUAAUUGUAACACUAAUAUCCCAACAAACACGUACGUUUCAUCAAAUAAUAGCGAUAAACAAAACCUUGUCUUACAAAUUUGUAAAGGAAUUUUCGAAGCUAUUCAAAAUGAAAAUACUACAGCAGAUAUUAGUUGUUCAAUGUCUCAUAAACAAAUCCGUAACACUAAUGAAGUUGAAGAAUGUAUUAAUAAAGAAUUUGGUCAACUCUUUAGAAAUAACGUAUUACGUAAAGAAAUAAGUAGUUAUUCAAUCUUUAAUACUUGGAGAAUUAGAUUUAAAUGGAGUGAAUUUAAUAAUGAUUCAUUAAUCAAAAAUCUUUUAAAAAUUUCAAAAGAAUGGUAUAAUCCUUUUACUAAUUAUCUUCAAAGAAUAGAUAGUCAAAUGAGCAAUAAACGGUUUUAUGAACAAAAUGGGAAAGAUGAUAUUUUAGAUAAUUUAAAAAAUCUUCUUCCAGGAUUCGAUUAUUUGAUUGAAUAUUCUUGGAAUUCAUAUUAUAAUAAUUAUUGUUAUGGAGAUUUUGUAUUCGCUUCAUAUUCUGGUAUUUUUAUUAAGGUUACAGUAAAUACAAAGGAUGGUCAUAGAUUUCAAUCUUUAAAAAAUAAGAAUAAAUCUCUAGAAAAUUUUGAAGGGAAAUACGUUACACUUCUUAGAGCAACAUAUAAUCAUGAUGAGGAUGAUUCGGAAAAUGCCACUCUCGAAUUUAUUGAUGAUAGUGAUGAAAUUAUUGUACAAAAUCUUAAAAAAAUUCAUACCACCUCUCUACAAAGAUACGAUAAUAAUCGAAAUCGAGAAGAAGAAAUUGUUGAUCAAAUUGCAACAGUCGCAGCAGGUGCUGUUGUUGGAAUUGCUGCCGUUGCUGCCGUUGCGGGAGUUGGUUUUUUAGCUUAUAAAGCAGCUACGAAUAAAACCGUUAGAAGAGCUGCUACAGCAGUUAGCUAUGGUCAACUAGCAUAUUCACUUAUUAAAGAAUUUGAAGAAUUUGAGGAAAAAAACGAGAGAGAGAGGAAUAAUGAUGAUGAUUAA